GGAUUCCUCGCCGUAGUCCUUGACAACGACACAGGAGCAGCCGACGACCUUGCGGGGCUUGCCCUCGGAGUCAAUCUUGCAGAGGCCUGCCCAUUCGCCAAGCUUCUUGUUCUGCGGGACCUGAAUCAAGUGAACGUUGUGCUCAUGGCAGAGCGCUUCGAUGARYUUCGUGYAGUCGGGCUGAUUGCAAUCCUCGGCGAGCAGACAGAGCUGCGCRCUGUUCUUCUCAAUGGCCUUGGCCGCCUCAUGGAGGCCCCUAGCAAGACCGUCGUGAGCAAGAGACUUCUUCAGCAGAGCUUGAAGCGCCCUCAUGAUGUCCAUAGGCUCUCUGGCGGCCGAGUCGGCCGCCGCCGUUGCAGCCGCUGCAUCCUCCAUAGCUAGCCUGCUCGACGGCUGGGAAGCGGGUCGCGCUCCUCGGUAGGCUGAGUUCUCGAGAACAGGUGGGCGCCGCACUCUCUCUCUCCUCUCCUCCCGCGAUCACCCGUCUUCCCUAUGCUGCCUAGUUUUUGCAGGCCCUCAACCAUGCAGAAUAAUGUUGCGACCGCUCCGGGUAGCCCCGGAUAAAUGUGCAAAAUGAGA